GUCUUAGUCCCAUUGAUCUCCAAAUUCUGUGUCAUCACCACCAAGAAUCGAAUCAGAAUUUGGAACAAUCAGUGAAUUGUGUUUUCAUCCUUCUCAUCUCUUAACUUUCCCCGUUGAGUUUAGAAAGAGAAAAAAAAAGACAGCCACAAAAAGCAACACGAGCAUUAUUACACAGUACUCACUUGGUUGCUUCACACUUUCACGGUCUUUACUUUUCUUUUGGCUAUAUAUUAUAAAAACAAAAGCACCCCGUUCCCUUUUUAUGUAUAUAUAUCUGGUUGAAUAGUAACGAAAAGGGUCUUUUAUAGUUCAUUCUCAGAGUCUCUGAACCAAAAACAAAAACCACCAACUUUCUGUUCUUUCCCUGCUGCUUUUGCAGUCUCUGGGGCGUUUUGGCUGUGCAUUUUUUUUGUGUCAAUUGGUGGCGGCUUUAAAGAUGUGCUAUUAUUGUGCUGAGUUUUGAAGCUCCACAGGGUAUGGUCAGAUUCUGAAGCUCGAAAUUUCCUUGCAUUUAAAGUUUCCUGUGUCACCCUCAAUGAACGAGGAAUUUAUAGUCAUCACUACCCAUCGUUGCAGUGUAAUAAACUCAACCGGGAACAAAUAAAAAAGUGGGAAAAAUAGAAAAAUAAAACAAAGGUACAAACUACAAAGAGUAAAGACAUUCAUAACAAAUCCUUGGAAGGAGGAUCUUUCAUCUGAGUUUUCUCCCUUGAAGCUUUAGAAGAAAGAGACAUCUCAACCAAGAUCCACCAGAAUUUAGAGACUGCUUUUGUGGAUAACCGAGACAAUGGUGUCUCAGAAGCAAGCAGAGGAAGCAAUAGUGACUAACUUGAACGAGAACGAAACAGAACAUGAAGGUGGCAACACCAGGGAAGAAGAGAGUGUGCAAGACCAGUCCAUGUUCAGCCUCAAGAGCCUCCUAUGGCAUGGUGGUUCUGUUUGGGAUGCAUGGUUUAGCUGUGCUUCAAAUCAAGUAGCUCAAGUACUCUUGACACUGCCGUACUCCUUCUCUCAACUUGGCAUGCUAUCAGGCAUCUUGCUUCAAGUGUUCUAUGGGCUUAUGGGAAGCUGGACUGCUUAUCUAAUCAGUGUUCUAUACGUGGAGUACCGCACCAGAAAGGAAAAGGAAAACGUCAGCUUCAAAAACCAUGUCAUUCAGUGGUUCGAAGUCCUUGAUGGGUUACUUGGUCCAUAUUGGAAAGCAGCGGGGCUAGCCUUCAACUGUACUUUCCUCCUCUUUGGAUCUGUAAUACAGCUUAUAGCAUGUGCAAGUAACAUCUAUUACAUAAAUGACAAAUUGGAUAAACGAACUUGGACUUAUAUUUUUGGAGCUUGCUGUGCUACCACUGUGUUCAUACCUUCCUUCCACAAUUACCGUAUGUGGUCAUUUUUGGGUCUUGGAAUGACCACUUACACGGCUUGGUACUUAGCUAUAGCAGCUAUCGUUCAUGGCCAGGCAGAAAAUGUGAUACACUCGGGUCCAUCAAAGCUAGUGCUAUACUUCACUGGAGCCACUAACAUACUCUACACGUUUGGAGGACAUGCUGUGACCGUAGAGAUUAUGCACGCCAUGUGGAAGCCCCAAAAGUUCAAGUACAUUUACUUGCUGGCCACUUUGUACGUUUUCACACUAACGAUUCCUUCCGCCGUCGCCGUUUAUUGGGCUUUCGGAGAUCAACUUCUUGACCAUUCCAACGCCUUCUCUCUCCUCCCCAGGUCUGGCUUCCGUGACGCCGCCGUCAUCCUCAUGCUCAUUCACCAGUUCAUCACAUUUGGGUUCGCGUGUACUCCAUUGUACUUUGUGUGGGAGAAGGUAAUUGGAAUGCAUGACACGAAGAGUAUUUGUUUGAGGGCACUUGCAAGGUUGCCAGUGGUGAUACCUAUUUGGUUCUUGGCUAUAAUCUUCCCUUUCUUUGGGCCCAUAAAUUCAGCUGUUGGGGCUCUACUCGUUAGCUUCACUGUCUACAUCAUCCCUUCCUUAGCUCAUAUGCUAACUUACAGAAAGGCCUCUGCGAGACAGAAUGCUGCAGAGAAGCCUCCUUUCUUCAUGCCAAGCUGGACUGCAAUGUAUGUCUUAAAUGCAUUCAUUGUGGGGUGGGUUUUGGUUGUUGGAUUUGGGCUUGGCGGAUGGGCCAGCGUGACCAACUUUGUAAAGCAAAUUGACACAUUUGGGCUUUUUGCCAAGUGCUACCAGUGCCCGCGACCGCCGCCACGGGUGGCGGCGGCACCAGCUCCUCAUGUCCAUCAUUAGAGGCAAGCAGAGUCAUUCACCUCAACAUAAUAGAGUUCAGCUACAUUCACAUUUCCCUCAAUACUUUGUAUUAUAACAUGGGGGAGAUUGGUGAAUAUACUUCCCCCUUCAUUUCAUGUGUGUUGGCUGGGUUUUGCAUAUUUUUGCCCCUUUUCUUUGUUAUAUAAUAUUUUUUCCCCUUCUUGUAAUAUUAGUUUAUUUAAAAUAGUGUGUCAAAUGUUAAGAUUCCUUUGCUAUGAAAUGCAUAGGCUAAUUAAAUUAAAUACGUAUGUUUUGGUAGCUUUCUUUUUUUAUACCUUUCUUUCCAUUAGGUUGGGGAAUCCUGUAAGAUUUUGUCCAUUUUCUUUCUGCGCUCAUGGAUUGCAUUCUCAUUAUUAGAUUGCAUGUUUACAGAACAUGCCUUAAAAAUAAUAAUAAAUUUCAAUAUUUGCUGUCUUAAAGGCAACGUGGGUU